UCGGAGUGAGUUGGCUUGGCAAUUUGGCAUAGCAAAUCAUAGCAGAGGAAAAAAACAAGAGAAAGAGGGAAAAUGGUGGCAGAUGAAGUACCAAUGGACGACAAAGCAAAGAGGAUGAGAGAUCUGUUAUCAAGUUUCUACUCUCCAGACCCUACCAUGUCCUCCGAUUCCGGCAACGCCUCCUCCAAGCUCGACGACAUCAACUCUACCUCCUUUGAUCCAGAUCAGUACAUGAACAUCCUUGUGCAUAAGUCCAAUUUGGAAGGGCUACUCCAACGGCAUGUUGAAAUGGCAGCUGAAAUAAAGAAUCUCGACACUGACUUGCAAAUGCUAGUCUACGAGAAUUACAACAAGUUCAUCAGCGCUACAGAUACUAUAAAGAGGAUGAAGAGUAACAUUUCAGGGAUGGAGACGAAUAUGGAACAGCUUCUUGAGAAGAUAAUGUCUGUGCAGUCAAGGAGUGACAGUGUUAACACUUCUCUAUUUGACAAAAGGGAGCAUAUUGAGAAGCUGCAUCGAACUUGCAAUCUUCUUCGUAAAGUUCAGUUCAUAUAUGAUCUACCUGAUAGACUUGGCAAGUGCAUCAAAUCAGAGGCAUAUGCAGAUGCAGUCAGGUUCUACACAGGAGCAACGCCAAUUUUUAAGGCAUAUGGAGAUUCAUCAUUCCAGGAUUGUAAGCAAGCAUCUGAAGAAGCAAUAGCUAUCAUAGUAAAAAAUUUGCAGGAGAAGCUAUUUUCAGAUUCUGAAUCAAUACAAUUGAGAGCUGAGGCUGCAGUGCUGCUUAAGCAGUUGGAUUUCCCGGUGGACAAUUUGAAGGCAAAGUUACUUGAGAAAUUAGAACAAUCUAUCGCAGACAUUCAGCUGAACCCUGAAGAAAAUAACAAUGCUUCAAUGGACCUUUCUCCUUUAGCUUCUGCUCAUGAGGAAGCCAUUCAUGAAUUUGUGGAGGCAGUUCGUGCUUUUCGAGUAAUAUUCCCUGAUUCAGAAGGGCAAUUGGUUAAACUUGCUCAAGACUUGGUUACUAAGAACUUUGUUAUUACCGAGGAAUAUGUGAAGACACGGAUUUUCCCAGGAGAUCUAAUUGGUGUUCUUGGAGUUAUCUGGAAUGAUGUACUCCUCAUAGAUGAAGUCUUGCCGGAAGCAGCUCUAUCUGACCAUUCUCUUGAGGCUGCCAAGGUUGUUGUCACCUUGUAUGUUAGAAGUGCAUUUUCUCAUCUUCUGCAAGAUAUCUCAGAUUCCCUCUUAAAGGUCCUGAAAAAGGAUGGAGCAGAGCAGUACUCACUCGAAGUUGCUCUUGAAGCUAGCACAAAAGCAGUUCUCCAAGGAGGCAUGAACGUUUUGCUGGACUUCCGCAAAAUUUUGGAUAAUGACUCUGGGAUCCUAGUUAGACUAAGAGAGUUGAUCAUUGACUGGGUUCAAGGAGGAUUUCAAGACUUUUUUAGGCAACUUGAGGAUCAGUUCAUUCUGUUUUCAAGAAGAAAUAAUUCUGCAGCUAUUCUAGUACAUGGUUUGGCAGAGGGAGCUCAAGGUGACAAAGCUUUUAUUGGCCUUGUCCUAGUGCUGGCUCAAUUGUCUGCUUUUAUUGAACAAACUGUCAUCCCAAAAAUCACUGAGGAGAUAGCUGCUUCCUUUUCUGGUGGUAGUGUUAGAGGCUAUGAAUCUGGACCUGCCUUUGUUCCUGGAGAAAUCUGUCGAAAAUUUCGGUCAGCUGGUGAAAAAUUCUUGCACCUGUACAUAAAUAUGAAAACUCAGAGAAUAUCACUUCUCCUGAAGAAGAGGUUUGCCACACCUAAUUGGGUUAAGCAUAAGGAGCCAAGAGAAGUUCAUAUGUUUGUUGAUUUAUUUCUUCAAGAGCUUGAAGUUAUUGUCAAUGAAGUGAAGCAGAUUUUGCCUCAAGGUAUACGCAAGCACCGCAGGACUGACAGUAAUGGAAGUAGUGCUUCAUCAAGGAGCAACCCCUUGCGGGAGGAGAAAAUGGUUAGGUCAAAUACUCAAAGGGCAAGAAGCCAGCUUUUGGAAACACAUCUAGCAAAAUUGUUCAAGCAAAAAGUUGAAAUUUUCACAAAAGUAGAAUAUACACAGGAGUCUGUUGUUACAACUACAGUUAAAUUGUGCCUUAAAAGUUUACAAGAAUUUGUCCGACUCCAGACUUUUAACCGGAGUGGAUUCCAGCAAAUUCAAUUGGAUAUCCAGUUCCUAAGGAUCCCUUUAAGGGAAAUAGUUGAAGAUGAAGCUGCAAUCGACUUCUUGCUUGAUGAGGUAAUUGUUGCUACUGCUGAGCGGUGCCUUGAUCCAAUUCCAUUGGAGCCUCCCAUACUGGACAAACUUAUACAAGCAAAGUUGGCUAAAACCCGGGAACAAAACACAAUCUCUUCUUAAACAUUUUGUGGGUGUAGAGGCUAUAUUGAUCAUGUCGACUUUUCAUAUCUUCUCUAGAAACCGUAAUUUCCUUGUAUGUGUUUUAAUAUGUAUAUUCAAUAUUGAGUAUAUAAAGAAGAGCUGAAGAGAAGGAUGUGUUUGUUGUAUUUGUCAUCUCUCUAGAAUUAGUUAUGGUUUUGGCAGUUGAUAGUCAACUUGUUUCCUGUUUGUUCACUUUGUAAAUCUCUUGUAACAUGUCACAUUACCGUAUUGUUAUUUGUAGAAGUAUUGAAACUCGAGAAAGU